CGCAUGACCAGCAGCGAAGCCAUGGACACCCUGGGGCAGUACAAGAUCACGGUGUGGGAGGAGGAGAGCUUCCAGGGCAAGCGCUGCGAGUUCCUCAUGGAGUGCCCCAGCAUCAUGGAGCGUGGCUUCCGCAAGAUCCGCUCCAUCAAGGUGGAGUCUGGCCCCUGGGUGGGCUUCGAGUACCCCGAGUACCAGGGGCAGCAGUUUAUCCUGGAGAAGGGUGACUAUCCCCGGUGGGAGGCCUGGAGCGGGAACAGUGGCUACCGGACCGAGCACCUCCUCUCCUUCCGGCCCGUCAAGUGCGCGAACCACAACGACAGCAAAGUCAUCCUCUACGAGGCGGAGAACUUCCAGGGGCACAAGUUUGAGUUGAGCGAUGACUACCCCUCGCUGCAGGCCAUGGGCUGGGGCAACAAGGAGGUGGCAUCCAUCAAAGUGAACGCCGGAGCGUGGGUGGCAUAUCAGUACCCGGGAUACAGGGGCUACCAGUACGUGCUUGAGCGGGACAGACAGAACGGCGAGUUCAAGAAGUACAACGAAUACAGCAGCCAGGCCCACACCAACCAGAUCCAAUCCAUCCGCCGCGUCCAGCACUGA